UUUGUUCAGUCAUACAGUAAUUCAUUCAGAACUCCAUCAAGUUAUACUGUAAGGGCCAAAUGGUCUUGUAGAAAAAAUGGUUCCAAGCUGUAACAGGGUCACUACUCUUAAUAAAUGUCCAUUUAGUUACAGAUAUGUAUACAUUUUGUACCAAUAUUUAGGCACUAAUAUGAACUUUUAUGUGCAAGGCGUACCUUUUGAAAGGUGACCAUUGUCUGACAGUGUAUUAUUUAUCACAAUGGAUCAUUAUAAGGUCUUUUCUAUAUCUUUUCUCCCUCAUUGCAUUUGAUCAGGGCAGCAGGUUCUAAUGUAACCUGAGUUUGUGUUCAGGGAGAUGCUGGGGUCAUCCGAUCUCCUCUCACAAUGACACAACUUCUCAGUGCUCCCCUGCUCAAGUGUCCCACUUUAUCAUGAAGAGUCUGUGUCAGUGUCGAGCUAAAUGAAAACUAAAAUGUAGAUGUCUACAGAAAACCAGCCGGCUAAUCAGACGAAGAUGGAUUUUAUAACUCAAUUAGACAAAUCUGAGAUGAACUGUAUAUAUCUGAGAGUGUUUAAGAUGAAUGUAUGAAGUAAAUCAUGGCAAAUCAAGAGGGGUUGGAGGCUACGGCAGGUGUAGAUGUCGGGACGGAUGUAAAUGGAGAACCGGACAGAAAGAGCACACAUAUAGAUUCACAGGGGACAGUGGAGCAGAGAAUAGAGGUAGUCUCUGUAACAGAGGAAGAUAUUCCUGCAAUCGAUAACCAAAACACGGUCAACGUCAGUCCUCUGGACAGUCAAAGUGCCAGUACUAUACCAAACCACAGCACUGUCAAACCAACAUCAGGAGACAGCAAAGACUCUCACAACAAUGCUUCGACCCCGCCCAGCUCUUCAAUGCCAGUUACCAAAGUCCAGCCCCUUGUUACAGAUGAGGAGAAAACAUUACGUGGGAGUCUGUUUGCACGCCGGUUUGAGAUACUCAUUGGGGCUUGUGUACUGCUCGUCGUUAUCUUUGUGUUGGGCAUUGGAUUGGGAGUUGGCUUAAAUUGUGUGGGGAAGUUUCGAUGUGGUUCGUCUGAAUGUAUCAGCCUAUCUGCUCAGUGUAAUGGGAACGUAGACUGUGAGCAUGGUGAAGAUGAGCUUAGUUGUGUGCGUUUGAGUGGUAAGAGCUCUGUACUUCAGGUACUCAAUGAUGGAGUUUGGAGGACUGUUUGUGCUGAUGGAUGGACUGAUGACCUGUCGCUCUCUGCUUGCAGACAGCUUGGUUACUCAAGAUAUGUGGGGUCAAAUCCGCUUCCUCUAUCUUCUAUUGAACAGGACUUGCAAAGUAACCUGGUGUCAAUAAGUCUGAACCAAACAAGUUCCAAACAACCCAUCAGGAUACACAGCUUUACUGAUAUCAGUAAAACCCAGUGCACUUUGGGGAGGGUAACAACUCUGAAGUGUAUAGCUUGUGGCUCCAGACCUCAGUUCAAUGCUCGUAUAGUUGGUGGAAAUCUGUCGGUUGAGGGCCAGUUUCCCUGGCAGGCCAGCUUACAUUUUAAGAGCGAACAUCUGUGCGGAGGCUCCGUCAUUACAUCUCGGUGGAUACUGACUGCUGCACAUUGUGUGUACGGAUUCGCCUUUCCUACGUUUUGGACAGUGUUUGUGGGAUUAAUAGAGCAGCCGCUGAAUGAAGCCAAUUCCAUUGGAGUGGAAAAGAUCAUCUAUCACAGCCGCUACAGACCCAAAGGCUUGGACUAUGAUAUUGCUUUGCUUAAACUGGAGCAGCCUCUCGACUUCAAUGGUUUGGUCGAACCUAUCUGCCUUCCGAAUUUUAUGGAGCAAUUUGAGGAUGGAAAAAUGUGUUGGAUCUCUGGAUGGGGAGCCACAGAGGACAGCGGUGACCCAAGUGUGUCUAUGCAUUCUGCACCUGUACCAUUGAUCUCCACGAAGGCAUGCAGUCAACCAGAUGUUUAUCAAGGCUACAUAUCACCAGGGAUGAUUUGUGCAGGUUACUUAGAAGGUGGCACAGACUCCUGCCAGGGUGACAGCGGUGGUCCUCUAGCUUGCGAGGAUUCCUCGAUUUGGAAAUUAGCAGGGGCCACGAGCUGGGGUCAGGGCUGUGCAGAAAAGAACAAACCUGGCGUUUACACUCGCAUCACACAAUACCUUACCUGGAUACGUCUGCAGAUGGAGAGAGAAGAAAUGCUAAAUCCUGCAACUACCAGCUAUGAUUAUUCAAACAACUUUGUAUAAUGUAUAAUAAUUACUCAUGAAAAACUAAAUUCUGUAACUACGUGAUAUACAUUAAUGUAGGGGCCAUUUCACCGAAUCGGUGUUUCCUCAGGACAUUAUACGUAUAAAAAUGCAAGCAAACUCUUAAAACACAUUUUCUUAUUGUAUUAAGUGUCCUGCAUGUUAAUCUAACCUCAAAUUUAAACUUUAUAUUUUAAAACAUCAAAUAUAUACUACAUAGAACACUAAAAAACACCACUUGUUAUCUGUCCCUGCUUACUAUUCUCUAUAUUUUACCUUUAAAUAUAAAGCAUAAAAUUCUUCAGAUAUAUUUCUUUUUUACAUUUUUUUUGUGUGUGUCCAUAUCCCAUCUUUGCAUUAAAUAUUUUUUACCAUUAAACAAAAGAAAUGUUAUUUUAAAUAAAAUUUAUUUUAGUCAUGUCCCCAAGAUUUUACUCAGUCUAACACGUUCCCCCUCUACAAGUCACAUUUUUUAAAGAGGAAAUUACAUCAUCUGGAUCUUCUGAAGGCCAUGUGAAGAUCAAGUGUUGUUUUUUCGUUUUCAUUUCUGUAUAUUUUAUGAUAUUGAUGCUGACUGUGAAUGUCAAUCUUAAUCUUUUGUCCUGUUACCUAUAUUAUUUCAGUGAUGUUUUGUUUAUUUUAAUAUACACAUUUUUUGGUAAAUCACUAGAAUGUGCUAUAGGACAUAUAUUUAAUGCAGCUAUAUUUCAUUUAUUUGGCAAAGCUAAAAACUCAGUCCUGUUACCAAAAUGCCUCCAAACUCAAUUAAGAAACCAUAUUAAAGGUCCCAUUCUUUUCUACAGUGCGUAACAUUUGUUCAUGUUUCACGUGUAAAAAAAACUUGGUAUUUUUCGCACAAUUUACUUAUCUGUAUAGCGCUGUUUCACUGUCCUAAAAACGGGCUGAUGUCUUCCUUGUUCUAUGAAGUCCCUCCUUCAGAAAUACGUAACGAGUUCUGAUUGUGUAGUUUGUUUAGUGUGUUGUGAUUCGAUAGCAGCUUAGCUUGCCGUUAGCUUAGCUGUCGACUGACGUAUUCCCGUGGGUGGAUUUAAUGCUGCGUUCCAGGCAGGUUUUUAAACCCGUGAGUUACGACUUCAAAACCACGACUCACGACCUUAUGCGUUCCAGGCAGCCUGUAACUCGUGUUUUUACAUCCUUCUACCGGUGAAAGUGCACUGGAACGGCAGUCAAACCCGUGACUUCCCACCCGUGAACUCGUACUAGAUCGAUGUACUCCCAGUUCAGAGUCGUGAGUCGUGAUUUUGAAGUCGUGAGUUACGGGUUACAGGUUGCCUGGAACGCAGCAUUAGUCAAAAACAGUUCAACGUCAUUAAAGCAGGAAGUAGAGGACUGUAGUCCAAACUGGCUGUUCGCUGUAGGCUUUGAAAGGGGACUUUUGUUAAAGAAAAUAUAUCGCCUCGCAGUGAACUUUGAACUUCAUCAUUUUGCAGGUAUUAUUUAUGCUAUAAUAGCAACAUUACACACUAAGUUUGAAAAAUGGGAUCAGGAAGAACGUGACCUUUACAAAACGAAUUUCCGGAAAAUAAAACGUGUUGUUAUAUUCCGUGUUAAAAAAAAAGAUAAAUGAACUUCAAUUUUGGCGAGUUACAGCAUGCAAAUGGCAUCAAUUUGCUGAAACGGCUCAUAUAGAAAAAACUGUAAAUCAUGUUCACUCAAAUUGCAAAAGGUUUUAUUUGGUGUAAGUAGUCUUAUACAGUACUUGCUAUUGUUUUAAGUAUAUUAACCUGCCAAACAUUCAUCUGAUGUGUCAUGAUUCAUUACAACGAGUAUAACUGACUGACUUUACACUUUAGAGUUUUCCAGACACAGAAAUGACAAUAUGGUUGAAAUAUGUAAUAAAUAGGGAGAAAAACAAACUAGCCACAUCCAUGCAAAAUCUAUUUUCAAUGAUGCAAAAUGUUUUAAUAUGAAAUACAACUAUACUUUUACAAGCCUUAAACAAUUCCCAAUAACUGUACUGAAUGUACAAUAUUUAGGCUUAAUCGUACUGUAGACAAUCCAAAUUCCAAAAGCAUUGUGUAUGUCAGAUUAAAACAAUACUGUCCUAAACAAAAAACAAAGUCCCCUCUGAAACGAAGAAACAUCUUCAGCGUAAGAACAAACAUUAAAA